GGAUAUAUAUAUAUAUAUGUUACAUUAAUCUAUGAUGGCCCGAGUAAUACGUUGGACACAUCGAAACAUAAUAGAUAUAUCGCACCGAUUGUUAGUGAAACAAUUUAAACCUUUAGGGUUAAAACGAUUUUAUUCUUCCGGUGAUUCAAAUACCCCUAUUUUGGGGCGUACUUCUCAAUUACCUAUAGCCAAACCGGGUUCUGAUAGGCUAAUUGCCAUCUUCACGUGCAAAAUCUGUUCCUUGAGGAGUGCUAAAUCAUUUUCCAAGAAGGCAUAUAACUUUGGUAUUGUAUAUGUCAAAUGUUCAGGAUGCAGUAACUUGCAUUUAAUAUCUGACCAAUUAGGUUGGUUUGGUGAUACGAAGGAGAAUAUAGAGGACAUACUGCUUCGUAAUGGAGAGAAUAUACAUAAGGCCGAACUAGGGGAGGAUAUACCGGAAGAAGACAUUAAAAUAAUGGAGAGUCUGAAAGGUACCAAACAUUUUGAUUGAA